AAGAGGACAGUGCAAAUAAGUAGUACUUGGGUAAUAAGCAGCAACCUAUUUAGGACCCACUAUUGAAUGGAACGCUUGUUCAUCUUGAUGACACCACCACACACACAUGCCGAGCUGAGAUAUUUUUCUUUUUUUCCCAAAAAUGCAUUCCCAUAAAUGUUUAAAAAAAGCAUGUAGAAUGCAGUUGGGUUUAUUUUUAUUUUUCUUACAUUCUUCGGUAGAAGCGAUAUUUUUGAGUUUAUCCCCCUCCAAAAACAUAAACAGUAAAAAAGUGUCCUAUUCUACUAGAAAGACAUUGACUAUGAAUAGCUUUUGCUACUCCCCAUCGUGCCAAUCCCAUAAAACUGACUGGCAUGAUACUCAAGGCCUCAGCAUGGCUCAGAGAUCGUCCUUUGAUACUAUUGUCAAGAAGAAAUGGACACGGAUAGGUUAAAUGAGUAAAAUCGUGGGGUACAAUUGGUCUAAGGGGGUCGCUUUUGCAUCAAAUAGUUUUCCCUGAAUGUCCAAAUAUUUG